CUCACCUUGCAGCCAUUGGAGUGUCCAGCAGAAGGCGGCCAUGUCUCAAAUCAAAAGCACCGAGCUGAGUUCCCAGAAGCUCUCCCUGUUGCAUCACUGCCUCAACAGAACCACUGCACAGUCUGCACAGAACCACACCAACGCCGCUACCAUGUCCCAGGGCGUCUUUUACAUCCUCCUGGUGCUUGGCAUGUUCAGCUUCUUCUCCUUCGCAGUCAUGUUCAGUUUCAUCCGCUCCAGAAAGCUGGAGGGCUCUCACGACCCAUACCACCAGUACAUAGCCCGGGACUGGAGCCGGAAGAGGACGCCAUCCGCGGCCGCCGUGGCUUGGGCUCGACAGGUCGCGGAGGGGUCGUCAUCUGUAACGCGGCCACAGAGGAGGAAAGGCCGGAACAACACCAAUGAAACAUUUACAAGUUCACAAUGCAAACACAUUCUUGAGUUUGUUCUCAACCAUCUACGACAUUAAAGUCCACUUGCAUCAAGGCCUCAGACAUGUAUUUCCACAGGAACAAUUUUGCAUCAUAAUGUCGCACGACGUAAAGUACACAAGAACAACACACAAUUUUAAAAGAUAAUUUUGAAUGAACCACAUAUUUUUACUGGUGAUUUGUUGUCC